AUGUCUGACAAUUUCGACGACGAUUUAUACAAUGUAUACAACGGAGCAGGAAAAGAAGAUACAUACAACGACGAAGAUUUGUAUGGCGAAGAUCCUGUAGAGUUCAAAGAGGAAGAUGUCGAAGUCAAAGUAGAGGCUACUCCAGAGCCUGAAGAUGCUCAUGAUGACGACCACCAGAAUCAUCAUCAGCAGCAGUACAACGACUCUCCUCAACAGCAGCAACAGCAUCAGCAACAACAACAACAACAACAACAACAAGGCAACUGGGGAUAUCAGCAAAAUGCCUAUCAACAGUACAUGGCUGCCUACCAAAGAAGCCUUCAACAGCAAAUGGCUGCCAACCCAUAUCAAAUGCAGCAAAUGAUCCAAAGGCAAAUGAGACAACACAUGCCACAACAACAGCAGCAGUACAACAAGCCUAGACAGCAUCAUCAGAACAAUGAUGGUAAUGGUAGUGAUGGCCCAUCCGACAAGCCAUCUACUUCCGUUACCACCACCAACUCAGAAGAAGGCAAAAUGUUUAUUGGAGGACUUAAUUGGGAGACAACGGAUGAAAACUUGCGUCAAUACUUUUCACAGUUUGGUGAAGUGCUUGAUUGUGUGGUCAUGCGCGACCCAGCAACACAACGUUCACGUGGCUUUGGCUUCUUGACCAUGAAAGAGAAUUCAGCCAUUGACAAGAUUGUUAGCCAAGAUCACCACAAUCUGGAUGGCAAAAGAAUUGACCCCAAGCGAGCGAUUCCCCGCGAUGAACAAGACAAGACAGAAAAGAUCUUUGUUGGCGGCAUCUCUCCCGAGGUGAAUGAAGAAGAGUUCAGAGAGUUCUUUACGCAGUUUGGCAAAGUCUUGGAUGCCACUCUUAUGAUGGAGCGUGAUACAGGAAGACCUCGAGGCUUUGGUUUCGUGACAUUUGAAGACAGCAAAGGCGUAGAGGAAGCUUUGAGGAAUCCCAAUUUGUCCAUUAAGGACAAGACUAUUGAGGUAAAGAAGGCCAUGCCAAAGGGCAAGCAGAACCGCCAGCACAAUACGCCAGUGUUCAACCCAAACUUCAGACCACCUUACAUGCCCAACAGCAGAUACAGUGGUGGUGGCAACUUUAACAACAUGCGCGGUAAUUUCAACAUGUACAACAGCAUGUAUCCUGCUGGCAACUAUAACAUGGCUGCCGCUGCUGCUGCCGCUGCCGCUUACUACGGUCAACAGCAGCAACAAGGUGGAGGCUACGGCAACAUGUACAACAGCAACAAUGGUAACAACAUGCGCCAACAACACCAUCAUCGACAAGAUGACAAUAGAAGAAACUCAAGAGAUCGUCAUCAAAGUAGCAGUGGAGGUAAUGGAGGUGGUGCUAUGCAUGCUUCUCAAUCCAGAAACCAGCAGCACUACCGCCCCUACUAA